UGUGGGUCUUUAACCAUCUUUUAAAAAUUCAAGUUCAUUUCACCACAUGGCUGCUAGCACAGAACAUAGCUUUGAUACCUGACUUUAUGUCGUUCUGAUUUGUGGAACAACAUGAGCUAGACUUUCUAAGGCCAGGCAUGCCAGGAGCAUUUUAGAUGGCCCCAAGUGACUUGGUAGGGCAGAAGGUAAACAGGGAAACACCCUCACACAGAUUUCUGUCUACAGUCGUGCAGCUAGGUGACUGCUGACGUUACACAGAGAGGGAAAAAGAUCCACCUGCUUUGUGUUCACAACUCACAUUGGACUGCCAACAGGGAUAUAUAAAAAAUGGCUUCUACUACAGUCACCGUGCAGCCAGGAGUUAUCAUUCCUGCCGGAGCCAAGACUGCUCAGUGGAGCAGUGGAUUGUGUGACUGCUGUGAGGACAUGAGCAUCUGUUGUUUUGGACUCUGGUGCCCUUGCUGUAUGAUGUGUACAACGAGCCAAGAGUUUGGGGAAUGCCUCUGUCUCCCUCUUCUGGAUUACUGUUGCGGUGCAAUAAUACCGCCUGUCACCUUGUCCAUGAGAAGCUCCAUGAGAGAGAGAUACCGGCUUCAGGGCACUAUGUGUGAUGACUGUUGCGUGGUGCGCUGUUGUACUCUCUGUGCCUGGUGUCAGAUGGCCAGAGAGCUGAAGUUUCGCAGGCAGCCCCACGUGUUUGUAAACCCUCCGGUGAACAUCACUUACCAACAGCAGAUGCAGUCACCUUAUCAACCCCCACCGAUGAACCCGGUCUACCAGGCACCAAUGCCAAGCGGUCCACCCGCUUACAACCAGCAUUUCAAGCAAGAUCAGCAUGAGUCUGCGGCAUUAUAUCCAUCUGUUCAGUGAGCAGAUAUUGCACUAUUGCAACUUCAUUACAAAAUGUUCAUCAGAUUAUCGUUUAUAUAACCUACCGAUAGCUGUUAUAAUCACUUAAUAACCUAACAAAUAUAUUUUUGUAGAAAUUCUAUGUAGAGUGUAUGGCCAAUUGUUUGUGGUCGUGGCUAUUAACUUGUUAAACUUCCUAUUCCAAAGCCAUGUGAAAAAACAUGGAAUUGUCUCCACCCUCCAAUCCACAUGCGGCUGUAACAGGAUACAUUGCUCUUUUUGUAGUGUGUCUGUGAACCCAUUUAGUAUAAGCCCAUUUAGUCAAAAGAGCAUUUGCUAGGUUAAGCAAGUUCAUACUUACGCCAGAGAUGGUCAGUGAUCUGUGCAGGCCACUGGAGUUCGUCCACACCAAUUUGUCGGUAUUUAGCGGACGCUUUUAUCCAAAGCAACUUACAGUAUACAGUCUAAGCAACAUGCCUUUUCAUAAACCAUAAACGGCUCUAAGCAAGGCCCCUAACCCGCAAUUGCUUGCGUUGUAUUUGUUCACAAUCACAACUGUAAGUCGCUUUGGAUAAAAGUAAUUCAUAAAUGUAAAUUGGAUGGUGUCUACAUACUUUUGGCCAUGUAUAUUUUGCACCUUACUAAAUUUCAUUGCUUUAUAUCAUAUAACGAUUUGAUAAUAAACAUUUUUUGUUUGCUUCUCCACCCUAUAUAGAUAUUAGCAUGUAUGUUUUACAAUAUUACCUUCAGUAUCAUAUUUGGUGUACCACCAUCAAUAUUGACUACAUUUCAGCCUCUUUCUCUUUUUAAUAAAUUUUUCACAUUUCAUUUUAACCCAUAUUUGUGUGUUAACUCUUUGUAUUAAUAAAUACAUAUAGUUAGUGUCAUGCAACCGCUUUAUUUUAACUAAUAGCUGACAAGCUUAUGUU